AUAUCCAAUCUAAUCCAUCAUCAUCUCCGUAUUCUCAUCAUCACAGUGCAGAGGUUUCGUCUCAAACAACGUUCUGGUUCUGUUGUGCUCAUACACACUCAACUCACUCACUGUAACACUGUUCUCUGUUCUUCUCUUUGAAAACGAGUAUGAAUUCCCUUUCUCCAAUCACACUCCAUGCCCCUUUCUCCACAAGAUAUGGCCGCGUUUCCGUCAAGGCCUCCAUUGCUGUUGAGCAACCCACUAAGCUUGCUCUCAUCAAAAUUGGUACCAGAGGAAGUCCACUAGCUCUAGCUCAGGCUUAUGAGACCAGAGACAAACUCAUUGCAUCACACUCAGAGCUAGCGGAAGAAGGGGCUAUUCAGAUUGUGAUAAUUAAAACAACAGGUGACAAAAUACUCUCGCAACCGCUUGCAGAUAUUGGCGGGAAGGGCUUGUUCACCAAAGAAAUAGAUGAGGCGCUCUUAAACGGUGAAAUUGACAUUGCUGUCCAUUCCAUGAAGGACGUUCCUACUUACUUACCUGAUAAAACAAUUCUACCGUGCAACCUUCCGCGUGAGGAUGUUAGAGAUGCAUUUAUAUCCUUGAGUGCAGCUUCGCUAGCUGAUCUUCCCGCUGGAAGUGUCAUUGGUACUGCUUCACUAAGACGGAAGUCUCAGAUACUCCACAGAUAUCCAUCUCUAAAUGUGCAAGAUAAUUUCCGGGGCAAUGUCCAAACCAGGUUGAAAAAACUCAAUGAGGGAGUUGUCAAAGCUACACUAUUGGCAUUAGCCGGACUCAAACGGUUAAAUAUGACAGAAAAUGUUACUUCAACCCUCUCGAUUGAAGAAAUGCUUCCAGCUGUGGCCCAAGGCGCGAUUGGAAUAGCAUGUAGAAGUGAUGAUGAUAAAAUGGCAGAAUACAUUGCAUCAUUGAACCAUGAAGAAACAAGGCUGGCUGUGGUAUGUGAAAGGGCCUUUCUUCUGACUUUGGAUGGGUCUUGCCGCACCCCUAUUGCAGGCUAUGCUUCCAGAAACGAAGACGGAAAUUGCUUAUUUAGAGGAUUGGUUGCUUCCCCGGAUGGAACUCGUGUGCUGGAGACAUCUAGGGUUGGUCCAUAUGCUGUUGAAGAUAUGAUUGAGAUGGGUAAGGAUGCUGGCAAGGAGCUUCUUUCUCGAGCUGGACCUAACUUUUUCAGUAGUUAGCAACAGUUUAAAAUGCUAGUGUUUAUGGAAGUUUCUUGGUCUGUUUUUAGGUCAUUGUCUCCCACGUUAAUCCCUCUCCCAAGUUAAUCCAAUUUUUUUACCUGUUGUAACUUUGAAGUAGAUUAAUGUUGAGAUGAGAUUGAGAAAGUGGACCUCUCAUUAGGGUCAAAGUGUUGUAUUUUAGAGAUUGGAAUGCCAUUUUUUUUUGUAACUUGUAUAAUUUCCACUAUAGUCAACUCUGAAGAGUUCAUGCUAGUUUCAUUGCCUCA